AUGAUUGAUUCGUUUUUCGAUGAUUCCUCAAUAAAAAACGAACUUAACAAUGACUUUUCUACCAACUGUUACUCCACUGUUGAUCUCCAGUCUGAUUUCUCACUUGAUAAUGUGGAAAUAUAUCCAGAAAUACCUAAUAAUGAUUCUUAUGGUGCUCUAUUUCUGAUGGACUCUGCGGACCUUUUAGAUGUACGUGAAGAAGUUAUUGGUGAAGAGCAUUUCGCGUCAAAUGUUGAUCAACCACCAUACAUGGAAGGACUUUCAAGGAGGUUUGGACUAUUCUCUGCCAAGAGUUCACGAAUCAGUACCAGUCAUAAAGAUAAAGGUAAUAAGGAACACGAUGUUUUCCAUGAUAAAAAUUCUUUUUCCGAUGAACAGAAGCAUAGUAAAUGUUCGUGGAAUGAUGGAUCUGAAGAGAUAACCGAUAAAGCCUAUUUAUGUAACCCCGAUAGUCCAUUAUCGAUCCCUAAUGACAUCGGAGUAACUUCAUCAGAUAGUAUAGAUGAAGUGUUUGACAAAGAUCAUGUAACCAGUCACGAUAUCAUUGAUGGUGACGAUGUUUCUUUGGAGAGGCUUUCCGAUCUUCAUAUUCCAUUACCAUUAUUUCACACUGAAUCUAAUUAUUCAGAUUCUUCACAGAUAAAUCCUUCCGAUUCAGAAGUGGAUGCAUGCAGUUUGUUUUCGUCAAAUAACUGUGCUACAAAUCAAUCUGAUGAUUAUGUCCAAAUAAAACAUCUUAGAUCGACUGACUCAUCUAAUUUAAACUCAAAUGAAUCUGCGACUAAAAUCCCUACCUCGGUACCUGUAUCGUCAUUAUCUUCUGCAAAAACAACUGAAAUAAUACGACUACCAUCUCAUGUUAACCAUCUAACCACAACAGUUAACCCGAACUAUCCAUCUAGGCCAAUAUCAGCUUGUCUUUCUUUAAAGUCGAAAUAUCGCCGUUGUGGACAAAUAACACUGAAAUCAGGUGCAUCCAUCCUUCGUACGAAAAGUUCAUUUAAUGAGUUAAAGCCAUGCUUUAAACCAGCAUUCACUUCUACACGUUUUGCUCAUUGCGGGUUUCUAGCUGCUUCUCGUUUUUCCGGAUCAAUAAAAGAAUCAGCAGGUAGUCCAACUUGGUUUCCGAAAGUUGCAUUUGUUAACUCUAAUACACCACUCACUCUUAGAAAACCAGCUAUUGUGAUUGCCUCAUCAUAUCCCAAUUCUAGAUCAGAUGCCACAUAUCUGAAAAGUGAAGGAAUAAAUUUUAUGACACAUUCUUCCGUUAUGCAAUCAACAGAUUUACAAUCUUCUCUUUUAUACAGUCAAAAUGGAUUUUAUAUUUCUACAAUGCAUCAUAAUUCAUUAGGAGGCAAUAAUCCCGGUGAUUUAGCAUCAGUUGUAACCGCUACAAUCCCAUCUGAUUUCACAUCAAAUCGUACUGUAUUCUGCCCUCAUCUUGGUUGUGGGAAAACAUUUCGAGAUACAGCUGCAAUGCGUAAACAUUUACAUACCCAUGGUCCACGCGUUCAUAUCUGUGCAGAAUGUGGUAAAGCGUUUGUUGAAUCAAGCAAAUUGAAACGUCAUCAACUUGUUCAUACUGGGGAAAAGCCUUAUCAAUGCGCAUUUGAUGGUUGUGGUAAACGUUUUUCUUUGGAUUUCAAUCUACGUACUCAUUUACGUAUUCAUACUGGGGAUCGACCGUAUCCGUGUCCACAACCUGGUUGUAGUAAACGUUUUGCUCAGUCGACAAAUUUAAAAUCACAUUUAGCAACACAUAGUAAAAUUCGAGCUACUCAUCAAUCAAGUUUUAUGAAUAGACAUCAUUUAAAUUCUACUGUAAAUGGUAGUGGUGGUGGUGGUUCAGUUCUGCUACGCCCUGCUGCUGCUCAUCCUAAUCAUACACAUGAUCAACCUAUUCCAAUUUCAUUAAGUAGUUCUAUUUUACAAUCCCCAAUGAAUUUUUCCACUAUAAUUCCCAUAGGAUCUAAAGAUAUAAACGUUCAUAAUCGAUGUGUCAAUAGAUUCAAGUCAAAUUUAAGUUCUUUAUUUCAAGAGGUUCAUUUAGAUAACUCUCGAUUACAUACUUCAUCACUAUUGAAUAUUAAUAAUACUUUGUCUAUCCCUACAUCAAGUCCAGAUCAGUGCGAACCAACAGAUAUCAGCCCACUAUCUCCAUUGGAUCUGACUUCUUCCUCGACAGAAUCCAACAGUUCUACAUUGUCAUCUCAAAGUGCCACAACUCACAUAAAGCAUAACAUUUCAUCUUGUAGAUCGGUGAUUUCAAAAGCACAACAACUAUCCACUAAUACAAUCGAAAGUCAAUUAACUGAUUUCACCAAUUCCACUACUACCAAUGAUGCUGUGCGAUUAUUUGAAAAUCAUUCUUUAGAAUGUUCUAUAAAUUUAGACCAUGAAAAAAUUGAUCUCAAUGUUGGGGUUACACAACCUAUGAUUAAUAAAACUGAUGAAGAUUUUUCUAAUAAUUCACAUGUGAAUAUUGAUGACAUUUAUUACCAGUCAUCUUUUAUCAAAUCUGAAUCCGAUAUUAAUGUUAAUAAUUCAAUCCCACCAAUACAAAAUUGUAAAACAACAAGACGCUCAAGAAAAUGUUUAAGUAUAACUAAACGAUCUGAAUCGCCUAAUUUUGAAGAUUUUCUAAAAACUCAAGAUGAUAUAAGUUUUACUGACGAGGAUGCUUUAAAAAAACAUCAUUUUUACCUUGAUAGUGGUAAUGAUCAUUUGUCGUCUAACAAUAAAACACCAUCAUUGAAAUCAUCAUAUCGGCGUCGUCGUCGACGACAUUGUAAAUCAAAAUCAGAUAGUAAUAAAUAUAUAUGUAAAACAUCAUCAUCACAUUCUAAUAGUAAUGUGCUCAUUACAUCAUCACAUUAUGGUACUCGUUCGAAAUCUCGUGAAUCCUUUGAUAAAAUAUUACCUAAUCAUCAACGCGGUCGUCGUCGUUGUACAUUAAAAACAUGUGCCAAACGCCGUUUUCGUCCGUAAAAUAUAGAUUUCUUUUGAUGGAUGGAUUCUACCUCUUCCCUGUUGUCUCAUCAUCACGAAAACAAACACACAGGCCCCAAUAUAUAUAUACAUUUAUGAUGUUAAUGUUUCUAUGAUCUGUAUCUCUAUGUUCAUCAUUGUUCAUAUUUAGUCAUUUUAUCACCACUACCUACAUUUCUCAAAAUAUUAGUAGUUCCAUGUUACAUCGCUCAAAUUAUUAUCAAAACUAUUAAUUUAUUCUACUCAUACACAUAUAUGUUUUGAGGAAUGUUUCUUUCGGGUCUUUUUUUCUCCUUCUAGAAUGUCUUUUAUUUGAAAUUAUUCCCAUGACAUUUCCAUAAAUAUACACGCAAAUUAAAAUUUGUAAUAUCAACGUAUGUAAACAGUUCAUUGAUUUUUUUUCCUAUAAAAUUACCAUUCCUGUUCAUUUUACCUUCAUGUCGGUAUGUGUAUGAGUUUUUCUCUUAAUUAUCAUUUUGUAAACCAUUACACUCUACUGGGAUCUCUAAAGGCGGCAAACAGAUUCACUAUAUAUAUAUAUAUAUAUAUAUAUAUAUAUAUAUAUAAGUGAAUUCAUUAUAUGUGUAUUAAAAUAUCAAUAACUUAUGUAUGUUGUUUGCAUUUAUUCAAUUACAUAAUGUGCAAUACUCACUUUAUCAAUGCAUUUCAUUCUGAUUAACUAUUCCUAUAAUUAACAGAAUAUACAAUGUGCAAUAUAAAAAGCAACAUGACAAAAGUAACUGUUUAGCAUAGAACAGCUAACUUUUUCUUUUCAAAAAAAAUUUGUCUUAUCCCCCACCCCCUUUUAUGCCUUUAAAUAUUCAUGUGCAAUCAUAUUUAAUAUUCAUUUAUUGAUUGUUUCUUUUUUUUUGCUUAAAAAUUGUUUUCCUUGUUUUUCUUUUUUUUUUUUUGUUUUAUGUUUCAUUAAUGAAAUCAACCAACAACAAAAAAACAUAAAAAAUUCUAAUCAAAUAUCUUGUAUACUUCCUAGUCGAUCUUUCACUAAUAUGCAUAUAUAUAUA